ACAGUCUAUACCCAUGGAUUUGAAAAGAAAGACCGAACUUACCCCAGGAGUUUCAUCUUCUGGUAAACACCCCAAAAAGGCUAAGACUAAUGUCUCAGAGAACACAGCAAACACAUCCCAGUCAAGCAACACGUUAAAAAAAAACCAAGGAUCUGGGAUAAAUCAACUACCUGCUGAUAAAAUUGUUGAAGAUGUUCUCGACAAAUUACGCAUGAUAGAGUCACAACCGCCCGGGCUGAAACCAGCCAUCGUGAAAGCAGCAGCUGAACUAAAUAAAGCUUUGCGCAGCGUGAAACCUGUCACUUCUUCGGAUGUAGCUUGUGAAAACUACAAAGGCAGGCUACCGCCACUGCCCCCUAUACUAGAUGAAAAGCUCGAAAGGGCGGUUUUCACGCAUCCUGGAGUAAACAGCCAUCACGACACAACAUAUGAUCGGCUUGAGAUCCUUGGAGAUGCCUAUAUAGAACUCUUUGCAACAAAGCUGAUUUGGACCAAAUUUGACCGAAUGGCUUCUGGUCGGAUAUCGCAAAUCAGGGAACUACUGGUGAAAAACGAAACUCUCUCCGAAUAUGCGACAGGAUAUGGUCUCGAUAAACGCGCCAUCGUGCCACAGGACUACGUGUCCCAACCAAAGCGCUGGACAAAAACAAUGGGUGACAUUUUCGAGGCCUAUGUGGCUGCUAUUGUACUGUCUGAUCCCAUCUGCGGCUACGAUGUGGCUGAAAAAUGGCUGAAAGAACUGUGGCUGCCGAAACUUGGGGAUGUCGAUGCUCGGCCCUCACCUUGCCACGCUAAGGAGCAGUUGGCGAAAAAGAUAAUGGGCAGAGGUAUUAAACUGAGGUACGUUGAUGAGCGACCACCCGUACAACACAGAAAUGGUAUACAGACAUUUUCUAUCGGGGUGUAUCUCACUGGUUGGGGAUGGCAUGAUAAGUGCCUAGGUUCUGGGCAAGGACCAAGUAAAGGAAUUGCCGGCAAUGCAGCAGCGCAAGCUGCUUUGCAAGACAGAGUGCUUACAGAUGAGAUCGCUUCUGUAAAAAAGAGACACGAGUCGAAGACGACGCCGGGGAGUGCAGCAGAGCUUGGGGACUGUGCUUAGUUUUAAGGGUCUAUUU